UGUUCCUGUGGAAACUGCAGCCGUGUUGUUCUUCAGAAUUUGAGCGAGUGCUACUGCUGCCAGGAGCCAGAUGGUUGCAAAGAAGCCACGUGUAGCUAAAGAGUUCUUGAAGAUAUUCAACCCGAAACGGCCUUAAGGUGUAUCACACAACAUCCUGGUUUUGGUCCUGUCUGCCUUCAAAAGUGGAGCUUACGUAUGGCUGGCGAACGUGUCAAGACCAAAGUCAAACAGAGAUAUAGACAAACUGGAUCCGAAGAACGGUGA